CGGCGCGAUAACAGUGUUUGCCCUUCUUGGACUCAGUUUUGUGACCGGCUGACGGACAGCGCACGCGAAGGACGAAGAAACUUGAGGCAAUCCCACCGACAUCCUGAGGGUGUUCAACCCUCGGCGGGAAACUGAAUGAGACACUUGACGAGAGGAGUGGAGGGAAAAAAAGCAGCGGAGAGAAACUUGGUGAGAUAGAGGGAGAUAUCAGGCAGCUGGAAAAAAAAAACAAAAAGGAGAGGAGGAGUGACUGACACCUGCCCUCCAGCUCGGUGUGAAGGGCAUAUAAUGGGAGAGUGAGAGGAAGGGCAUGAGGAGAGGCAAAGGAGAGGAGAGAAUGAAGACAACCGGAAAACAAGGCCUGCCUCAAAGCAAACCUGUCUCCAAUUAGGACAUCUCACCGCAAGACAAGAUGAUUACGAGAAAUUUCCUCUUCUUGGUGUCCUUGUGUCUGUGGGAGGGGCUUGCGAGAGGUGCCUCAGCCAGUAAAAUUUUACGGAGGAGAGGAGUGGGCGGAUCGCACGUGGUGAAGCUGGGGGAGAGCCGUUCUAUGGACGCAAACGUGGAUUCGAAUGCAAUGCCCGUGGUUACGCUUCGAAACCCGAUUAGCCACGAGCAGGCGAGCGACGCCGGAUCUUUUUCUUACUCCAAGAUGUUGCAGAAUCAUCCUGCCCCAUCUGCAGCUAAUAAGGAGAGACAAACUUUCAAGCCCAAGCGCGAGGUUGACUCUGUGGCCCCACGCACACUGGCCGCUAGCAAGGAGUUUACCCAGGAUGGGAAGAAAGUCAAAAACAACACCAAGAAUGCUGACUCUUCCAAAACAGGGAGGUCAGAGAAAACUUUCACAGUUCAUCAUAAGCCAGAUCUUCACUCUAAUAAAACCAAGUUUAAAUCUGGCUCCAGGUCCAAAGGCAGGCCUGAUUUCAGCGUCCAUACUACGGGCGUGCCAGGGAAAGGUUUCAGCAUAGACUCGAGCCGAAAGCUGAACCUCACUGGCAGUUACGGGGUGCUGAAGCUGCUCUCAAAAGACAACCUGGUUAGGAUUGUCAAUUCCCAAAUGCAGAGCGUUCCCAGCCUGAGCUUUCCGAGCAAGGGCAGUCGGAGCAGGAAGCGAGAUUUGAUUGACGUUAAUCACGGACAGCUAGAGCCUCAGAAAGUGCAGAGACAAGAUAUAGCUGUCACUCAGUCUCAUGCGGGAUAUGAUAAUCAGACUGCAUUUCCUUAUGCGAGCCCAGUCGCCACUACAGAUCUUAAUCGGGACCGGGGCCCUGACACUCGUAUUAAUCCGCUAAGUGAAGUCAAGCCAGCUUUAAGUAAAGGGCAGGACAACUUGGGAAAACAGGGUUCAGAUAGCAGCGAUAGCAAGAGCAAACACUUUGCUCGUUUCCUGUCAACACCUCGCAGCGAGGUCAGUUUGAGCCCUGAGAAAGAAGUAAUGAUCAGCCAAACAGAACGGCCAUUCACAUCGACAAAACAUCUCCCGCUGUACGUUCCCUCUGAAACAAAUGAGUCUCCUCCAUCUGUGCUGACAAUGCAACCCCUGGGAGUGAGACCGGGGAACAGAGCAGCAGAUUCCCGUGGAGACCCAUUAACAGAGUCAGCUCACACUGCUCAAACAGAUCUCAGCACAGCUCAGUACUCUGCAGAUGAAGACAACAAACUUGUCAACAGCAGUCAUGUCCUGAGGCUCCACCCUGCUCACGAAUGGAGCCACGUCGGGGAAGACACCGAGAUGCACGGCGCGGAUCCCAAAAACGCAAAGGGCCUCGUAUUUGAAGAAGCAGAGUCAGAGGUGGAAGAGGAGGAGCGCGAUCGCAUGGAGGUGAAGGGGUCACGGUCUCGCAGCAGGAGGAGCUGGAUCUGGAACCAGUUCUUUGUGAUUGAAGAAUACGCCGGGCCGGAACCUGUGCUCAUCGGCCGGCUCCACACUGACAUGGACAGGAAUGAUGGACGCACAAAGUAUGUCCUGCGAGGCGAGGGGGCAGGCUCGGUCUUCGUGAUAGAUGAGAAAACGGGUAACAUCCAUGUCACCAAGCCGCUGGACCGUGAGGAGAAGGACGAGUAUCGUCUCAUCGCCACGGCCACCGACAGGCAGACCGACCGUGCGCUGGAGCCCUCGUCACAGUUCAUAAUUCGGGUGCAGGACAUCAACGACAACCCGCCCAUCUUUGAUGAAGGCCCCUACAGCGCCACCGUACCUGAGAUGGCAAAUAUAGGCACGUCUAUAAUCCAGGUGACGGCGACAGAUGCUGAUGACCCGACGUAUGGGAACAGCGCCAAGCUCGUGUACACACUGGUGCAGGGCCAGCAGUACUUCUCUGUCGAUCCCCAGACAGGUAUUCUACGAACAGCUGUACCCGAUAUGGACAGGGAGACCCAGGACCAGUACCUGGUGUUGCUUCAGGCUAAAGACAUGGGGGGGCACCUAGGAGGAUUAUCUGGGACCACCACUGUAACCGUCAGGCUUACCGAUGUUAAUGACAACCCACCACGCUUCACACAGAGUAUGUGGUCCUUCUCCGUUUCCGAGCUGGCCAUCCCGGGCGCUGAGAUAGGACGCAUCUCCGCAACGGACGCUGACCUGGGUGAGAACGCCAAGCUGGAAUAUACCAUCCUGGAGGGGGAGAGCGGGGACACGUUCAAUAUCACCGGAGUGAACCAAGAGGCGGUCAUCACGCUCAACAAGGCCGUAGACUAUGAGAGUCGGAGCUCCUAUUCGUUCUCUGUUGAGGUCCUUAACCCCAUAGUGGACCCCCGCUUCCUACGUCGAGGCCCAUUUAAAGAUCGGGCUUCAAUCCGAGUUGCAGUCCUGGAUGCGGACGAGCCACCGAGGUUCUCUCGGGCCAGAUAUCACAUGGAUGUUUCAGAGAACUGCCCGCCGGCCUGCACAGUGGGCCGAGUCAGUGCAGUAGACCCCGAUACUGGUCUGACCAAUAAUAUCAGGUUCUCCAUUGAUCCUCAGUCAGACCCAGAGGCUCUGUUUCGUAUCACACCAGAGACCGGUCUCAUCACCACAGCGAUGGAGCUGGACCGGGAGCGUGAGCACUGGCACAACAUUACAGUCAUCGCCACCCAGAGAGACAAUCCCAGCCAAGUCUCCAGAGUUCUAGUUGCAAUAGAGACCUUAGAUCUGAAUGACAAUGCACCUGAGCUGGACAGGCAGUACAACACAGCCAUGUGUGACUCCUCCUCCAUCGGACAGGUGGUGCAGGUGUUGCGGGCGAUUGAUAGAGAUGAGGGUGGGAAUGACAGCACCGUGUAUUUCAGCAUCCCUCCAGAGUCCAGCGCUGCCCUCAACUUCAGCGUCAGGGACAGCGGUGGCCCCACAGCCAGCUUGGUGUUGCUGUCCCAGAUCCAGCCACUGUCCCGUUCCCCAUCCUCCACCUUGACCCUCUACGUGCCGCUCGUCCUGAGGGAUGGGACGUCUGGCCUCACCAGCACUGGGACGGUCACUGUGUCCGUCUGUCCCUGCCUGAAAGGAGGGGCACGAGCCGGGGAGAAAGACAAGGACAAACAGACCGAGGGCGAAUGGGACUGGGAGAGAGAAGCGGUGUGUCUUCCUCAGCAGUCCACACUGCCCUCCCCUGGGCUCAGUACAGCUGCCUUGCUGGCUAUCCUGGCUUGUGUUGCUACAUUACUGGCGGUGAGUGCCCUGUCAUUGUCGCUGCGGCGUCAGAAGCGCGACUCGCUGUCACCGCUGGAGGAGGACGACGUACGCGAGAACAUCAUAACGUAUGACGACGAGGGCGGAGGCGAGGCCGACACAGCUGCCUUCGACAUUGCCGCCCUCCAGAGUGCCCCGCACAGCUCGCGCUCACGCGGCUAUCGCACGCUGGACAGCAGGAACGUUCGUUACUCACAUCGUGCUCAAGACAAAUCUCGCACUUAUAGCUGGGCUCAGAAUCCAGGCGUGGAUCACAACUACUCAGGACCAGCAGGACCCCUUUACGGUCGUCUCUGCUACAGCAGCCACACAUUACCCAUUCUCCGUCGCGCCCCAGGAGGAACGUUUGAACCAGGCUUGGCGGAGCUGGCGUACCGCUUUCCCGGAGGCCAGCCAGACCAUUCGCUGGUUAUCCAGAACCAAGGGGCCGUGGUCGGGCCGAUGGAGUCUGGGGCGGUGUACAUAGCUCCAACGGAUCUCAGCACAGGAAGUCGAACGGGGAGUCGGACGGAAAGCCGCGACGGGACCGCACCCCAGAGCGGGGUGAGCACGUCCGACGGAGGGACGCCGAGAACCAGCGACAGCCAGGACAGAGGAGGAGGAGGAACGGGAACUGCAAGCAACUGUACAGAAGGGAGCAGUGAGGACAAAGUUAACCUCAGUCAAAAUGUGGACUGGUGCAGUGUUAGCUCAUUCUAGUGAUCAAUUAAUGUCUAUGUCUUCUUCCAACUCUGCUUUCCCUCCGCUCUCCUCUGCUCACCGUCUGUCUGUCUCUCCUUCACGUGAAUCACUUUUUAUCAUCAUCAUCUCCUGUUUUUUUCCUUCACGCGGGCAAUAUGUCAUCACUCUUCCCUAUCUUUCUACAUUUAAUAUACCUGUUAUUAAAUUUCCCCUUCCUCCUUGGGCAAAUUGUCUCAUCCCAUUUUGUGUUACUGUAACCAAACCUAACACCCAACCCCAGCCCCGAACUGAAACCACUCGUGCUCGCCUACGUUCCCUCCAGGUGCAGUCGGAGACAUUGCCCAGAGAGCACAACCUCGUCAUGACCCGAUCCGGCUCCCUGAUUGGCCAGGG